AUGGCCAACAAAUUCAUUUGCACUUUAUUGCUGUUGGUGGCAGCUACAGGCGCCCAAGCUGAUGGAAUUGUAGGUGGUACAGCUGCCUCUAUUAGCGCUCACCCGUACCUGGUAAGCUUGCAGCUAGCCGAUGGAACCAUUGUCUGCGGUGGUGCUUUAAUCAAUUCCAAAAUCGUUGUCACUGCCGCCUCCUGUUUGACUAACUACGAUGUAAGCGCAUUUGUCGUUGGUGUCAACAAUGGUGCUCAGACCGUUAAAAUCGAUUCAUCUACUUUUGAUGGCGCCUACGAUAUUGAAACCAAUGAGAAUGACAUCGCUAUCGUGAAGUUGGCCGAAGCCGUAACUGUUAGCACCUACCUUGGAUUGGCAAACAGCUUACCUUCCAGUGGUCUACUCAUCGGUUUGGAUGCAAACAAUUCAGUGGUAGAAGUAUCUGAAACUAUCACCAGCGCCAAGGUAUGCGUUACUCAAGGCUACAAAUACGAAGACGGUGAUCUCUUCGAUUCACAGUUCUGCGGUUUGGCUGCGAACGAAGCUUGUGGUGGAUUGCCUGGAAGUCCUCUGGUGGCAGACAAUAAGUUGGUUGGUGUUGUAUCCUGGGGUUAUGGAUGUGGCAACAAAGGCAGUCCAGCUAUUUACUCUGACGUUCCAGUUUUGAAAUUGUGGGUCGAAAGUGGUACAGCUUCCUCUAUUAGCGCUCACCCGUACCUGGUAAGCUUGCAGCUAGCCGAUGGAACCAUUGUCUGCGGUGGUGCUUUAAUUAAUUCCAAAACCGUUUACACUGCCGCCUCCUGUGUGACUGACUACGAUGUUAGCGCAUUUGCCUUGGCCGAAGCCGUAACUGUUAGCACCUACCUUGGAUUGGCAAACAGCUUACCUUCAAGUGGUGUACUCAUCAGUUGGGAUGCAAACAAUUCAGUGGCAGAAUUAUAUGAAACUAUCACCAGCGCCACGAAAUGCGUUACUCAAGGCUACAAAUACGAAGACGGUGAUCUUUCCAAUUCCGAGUUCUGCGGUUUGGCUGUGAACGAAGCUUGUGAUGAAUUGCCUGGAAGUCCUUUGGUGGCUGACAAUAACUUAGUUGGUGUUGUAUCCUGGGGUUAUGGAUGUGCCAACAAAGACAGCCCAGCUAUUUACUCGAAAGUCGAAAGUGUUUUGUAA